CGAAGCCCAGGAGCGUUGGGCAAUUGCGGUUUUCCUCCCAGCCCGCAGGACCCAGCCGUGCGAGCCUAGCCUAGGCAUCUGGGCCUCAUCCACACAGGCAUGGAGGAGACAGUGGUGCAGCCCUCGGUGUUCGUGGUGGACGGACAGACGGACAUCCCAUUCAGGAGGCUGGAGCGCAAGCCCCGGAGACAGGCCUGCAGUGCUGCCAGGCUGAGUCUGGUCCUCCUGCUGCUGCUGCUCAUGGCCGGGCUGGCCCUGCAGGGCUGGUUCCUGCUGCACCUGCACUGGCGCCUGGGACAAAUGGUCACCUCAUUGCCGGAGAGGGAUACAGGAUCCUGGGAGCAGCUGACGCCAGAGCCAAGGUUCCACAAGGCCAACCCAGCAGCACAUCUGACAGGGGCCAACUUCAGCUUGACCAGCAAAGGGGGUCCGCUGCUUUGGGAGUCGAAGCUGGGCCUGGCCUUCUUGAGGAACCUCCGCUACCAAGACGGCGCCCUGGUGAUUGUCCAAGCCGGCUACUAUUACAUCUACUCCAAGGUGCAGCUAGGGGGUGUGGGCUGCCCGCAGGGGCUGGCCAGAGGCCUGCCCAUCACCCACGGCCUCUACAAGCGCACGCCUCGCUAUCCGGAGGAGCUGGAGCUGUUGGUCAGCAGGAAGUCACCCUGUGAGCAAGGGACCCGCUCCCGCAUCUGGUGGGACAGCAGCUUCCUGGGCGGCGUGGUGCACCUGGACGCGGGGGAGGAGGUGGUCGUCCGGGUGCUGGAGGAGCGCCUGAUCCGGCUUCGGGAUGGUACACGGUCCUACUUCGGGGCCUUCAUGGUGUGAAAAACCGAGCAGUGUCCAAUUGACAGGGGGUCUGACCAGAGAGGCGCCUCAGGAGACAGAAAAUCCAGCAAGCGGAGACCUUGGAGGGCAUCCCAGGGACCCCAGAACUCAGCACCUGGGGAGUCAGCAGGCACCACAGGGGCCAAAAACCCAGCCACCCCUAGAGGUUGGAGACAUUGCCUGAUAACCACAUGUGGCACAACACAAGUUAUCAACACAACCCCAGACACCCACGCAGGCUGUACAGUCACACACAUGAUCAUCACAUCAGAUUUCCACAUGCCAUGUCAUAGUCAGACUCAUCACACACACACACACACACACACACACACACACACACGCACACACACGCACAGCCUGAAGUUCCUCUCAGCCAAGACGAACACAUCCAGGGGUGAGGACCAGACGUUGUCUGUAACCCUGGGCCCCUGACUGCUGGUCUUGGAAUAAAUGGCAAAUGUUGCACCUUGGCCAACCUCGUCUUAAGGCAAGAGUGGCUUGUAGAGACAGAGGAAUCGAUGAAUGACUCACAGACGUCACUUUAUGGAUAAGAAACCUGAACCCAGCUGGCUCAGCUCCAAGCAGGAAGCUUGGGGGGAAGCAGAGACCGCAUGCCUGGGUCUGCCUUGCCCUCAAAUCCACGACUCCUGAGGACGUGAGGGCUACCUCCCGACCAGCACCUUACUGCAGGCAGAGGCACAGAGUGGCAUGCUCUCGGCAUCCUGGAAGCUCGGAGUGACUGGGAGCUCAGGAAGAGUGUGGGGGGAGAAGAAGUGACGAUUCGCAUACAGUUGGUCUGUGCAAAUGAAUGUAUACUUUGUUGUGAUUGGAGGGAAGUCUUAUUUCCAAGGACCCUAGGAUGAGGGCUGGGAUCA